AUGAAGAAGAUUGAGUACAUGGUUUGUGUACAUAUCUUGCAGGGUUCCGGAAAUGUUUGUUAUGCGAAGUGUCAAUGUCCAGCGAGAAAGGAAGGUGUUUGUAAACAUGUUGCAGCAAUUCUGUUUCAAAUAUUGGAAUUUAAAGAACUUGAGCUGUCUGAAGUGCCUGAUGAUAUAUCUUGUACCGAGAAACUGCAAAAGUGGAAAGUACCUGCAACUGGGAACGAAAUGAAAGGUGCUGCUGUUUUAGAGAAUUUACUUUUUAAGCUUUGAAAAAUACAGGAAAGGCAGAAAACGACCUCUUGUCAAAGGCAACCCGGAAGGAUAUAAAGCAGCGCCUAGCUUUGCUGAAAAGGUUUUAAAUGAAGAUGUAAAAAGACUGCGUAAUGGUGUUACUGAAAAUGAUAUAAACUCUCCCCUUGUUGGUGUGCUUGAUGAUAAUGACUGCAAUCCAUUCGAUUAUGAACUUUGGCAUAACAACUUACCAUCAAAAUUAAGAAUUGAAUCUAAAAGAAAAGUGAUCAGUGGUGUAAAUUCAGAAAACGUCAGAGUUGUUCUUAAUGGUCUUGCUGAAACUCUAUACUUUAAUAUUCUUUCUCAGACUGCAUGA